AGUAUAUUUUUGAGAGACCGGUAAAUUCUAGCGGUCUGGUCGACCGGUCACGCUUGUUUUGAAACAAAAAGGAUUGCAGAUUAUCCCGAAAUAGGAGAAAAAUGAAGCUCAGCGUGGACGGCCUGCUGGUGUACUUUCCGUACGAGUACAUCUACCCGGAACAGUAUGCCUACAUGCUUGAACUUAAGCGCAGUCUGGACGCCAAGGGCCACUGCCUGUUGGAGAUGCCCUCGGGAACGGGGAAGACGGCCACCCUCCUCUCCCUGAUCGUGGCCUACAUGGUGGAGCAUCCGGAGACUGUUCGCAAGCUGAUCUACUGCUCGCGUACUGUCCCCGAAAUCGAAAAGGUCAUCGCCGAGCUGCAGAACCUAAUGGUUUACUACGAGCGCAACUGCCCCAAUCCACCACCACUUACCGGUCUGGUGCUUAGCUCAAGAAAGAACAUGUGCAUCCAUCCGGAGGUCAGCAAGGAGCGCGAGGGCAAAGCCGUGGACGGCAAAUGCUACGGACUUACCGCCAGCUACAUUCGUGAGCGGCACGAGAUGGACGCCGAGACGCCCAUCUGCCAGUACUUUGAGGGAUUUAGUAUGGAGGGCAAGGAGUCCACAUUGCCGGUCGGCGUCUACAGCAUCGAUGAUCUCAAGGAAUACGGACGGGCGCGCAACUGGUGUCCCUACUUUUUGGCUCGUUAUGCUAUUGCCCAUGCUCACAUUGUGGUAUACAGUUACCACUAUCUGUUAGAUCCAAAGAUUGCCCAGGUGGUAUCGAAGGAGAUGAGUCGCGAGUCUUGCGUAGUUUUUGAUGAGGCGCACAACAUCGACAACGUUUGCAUCGAUUCGAUGAGUGUGAAGAUCAACAGACGCACCGUGGAGCGAAGCACGAACGCUUUGAACCAGCUUACCAAACUGGUACAGGACAUUCGCGAAGAGGACACAAAUCGCCUGAACGAGGAGUAUCAACGCAUGGUUCAGGGCCUGAAGGAUGCCAGUGUUCAACGCGACACGGACAUGAUCCUGGCCAAUCCGGUCCUGCCAAACGAUGUCCUAACCGAGGUGGUGCCCGGAAACAUUAGGAACGCCGAUCAUUUCCUUAGCUUUUUGCGUCGAUUCAUUGAGUAUAUAAAGACGAGACUGCGCGUUCAUCAUGUCGUCCAGGAGUCGCCUGCGGGCUUUCUUAAGGAUAUAUCCACAAAAAUUUGUAUAGAGCGAAAACCUCUGCGGUUCUGCGCUGAGCGCUUGUCCAGUCUGCUGCGUACGCUUGAGAUCAGUGAUUUGACCGAGUAUGGAGCCCUUACCUUGAUUACACAUUUUGCCACCCUGGUGUCCACCUACACAAAGGGCUUCACAAUCAUUAUAGAACCCUUCGACGAUAAAACGCCGACUGUUUCGAAUCCCAUUCUACACUUUAGUUGCCUAGACUCUUCGAUUGCCAUGGCUCCGGUAUUUUCGAGAUUCCAAACCGUGGUCAUCACAUCGGGCACUUUGUCACCGAUGGACAUGUACCCGAAGAUACUCGAUUUCGAUCCAGUGGUCAUGAGCAGCUUUACCAUGACACUGGCCCGUCCAUGUCUUCUUCCUAUGAUUGUAUCGAAGGGCAACGACCAGGUGACCAUUUCUUCCAAGUUCGAGACGCGAGAAGACACCGCAGUCAUCCGAAACUAUGGCCAGCUGUUGGUGGAGGUGGCAAAGACAGUACCGGACGGUAUUGUAUGCUUCUUCACCUCGUAUUUGUACUUGGAGUCGGUGGUGGCCUCCUGGUAUGAUCAGGGAAUCGUCGACACCUUGCUGCGGUACAAGCUUCUAUUCAUUGAGACUCAGGACAAUGCCGAGACGAGCUACGCCCUGAUGAACUAUGUUAAGGCUUGCGAUUGUGGUCGUGGAGCAGUGCUGUUGGCUGUGGCGCGUGGCAAGGUCUCCGAGGGUGUGGAUUUCGACCAUCAUUAUGGUCGCGCGGUGCUCAUGUUCGGCAUCCCCUACGUGUACACGCAGUCGCGGAUUCUGAAGGCCCGGUUGGACUACCUGCGGGAUCAGUUUCAGAUACGUGAGAACGACUUCCUGACCUUCGAUGCCAUGCGUCAUGCGGCACAGUGCGUGGGCCGUGCGCUGCGCGGCAAGACGGACUACGGCAUCAUGAUCUUCGCGGACAAGCGCUUCUCGCGCCACGACAAAAGGUCGCGUCUGCCCAAGUGGAUCCAAGAGCACUUGGUGGACAGCUUCUGCAACCUGAGCACGGAGGAGGCCGUGCAGUUGGCCCGCCGUUGGCUGAGGCGUAUGGCGCAACCGUUCACCCGGGAGGAUCAGCUGGGCAUCUCGCUGCUGACCCUCGCCCAGCUGGAGAACAUGGAGCAGGAGAAGCUGGAGCGGCAGGCUCAGGGCAAACAAGGCGUUGGCGGUGAGGUGCAGGAGCUGUAAGAUGUGGAAGGUGCUCCGCCAACCGGCUCUUUGUCGACUGCCUUCCGGGAAUAAUUCAAACGCACAGCCGUCAGCUAAUGACAUUGAAUGCCAUUAAAUGCGGAUCACAUCGGCAA